UGAAUGGAAAUUGCACUUGUCAUCAUAAUUUUUGUGAAAUUAUACAUGACAAAGUGCCGAUCAAUUAUCAUUAGCAGAAGUGGAAAUUUUGGUAAAAUAGCCAUAAAUUUUGUGUUUCAAAUGUAUUUAUGUGCGUUAUAUUCAUUGGACAUGAUCUAAUGUGGAUACGUGAGAAUUAAGUAUCUUAUGAACACGAUAACAUGCAUGAUCUGAUAGGAAAAAUUACAGAACAUAAUAAAAAAAUAGCUUAUGUAUGAUCUGAACAACGCAUACAUAAUCUAUGUUCUUUCUUCUUCAAAAUCAUGAUUCACAUAUUCACCCAAAAAAAAUCAGGAUUCACGCAAUGCAUGUACCCAAUCAUGAAUAAAUACAACUUUUUAAAUAAUUAAUGCACCAUCCGGGUUAGAUCUUGCAGGCAGGUGUGUCGGAGAAAAUAAUGUUUGGAUUUAGCAUAAGAACGCGACAGAAUGCUACAAAUUCUCCAAGUGCCGUUGGUACUCCUAAAACCGUCGGUCUAGGUUCUCCAAAAACCACAGAGACUCCAAGAAGCCUAAGCUCUCCACGAGCAGAUGUGGGAGAGAUUGAUACCAGAGCGCCAUUUCAAUCUGUCAAGGCCGCCGUUAGUUUGUUUGGUGAAGUUGCCUCCCCUAAGGCAGCACCACCCCCGGUCGUUAAGAAGUUCAAAACUGCUGAAGAGAGAGUAUUGGAGAAGGAAACACAGCUUCACUUGACCCUUAAAGAACUGGACUACUUCAAACAACUGUUGAGAAGUGCAGACGCUACGAAAAUCCAAGCACAACGGGAACUCGUAAAGGCCAACAGAACGCUGCAGGAACUGACAGGCAAACUAGAAAUUGCUAGCGAAUCCAAGCAGGCAGCAAUUGCAGGGACAGAAGCUGCAAAGAAUAGAGCUAAACAGCUCGAAGAAGUAGCCAAAACCAGCAAAGCUCAAAUAGAUGUUGAUUCUUGGAAACAAGAUGUGGAUAGCGAAAGAGAACAGUACAAGGCCUCUGCUGCUGAACUCAUUGCUGCAAAACAAGAGCUGACAAGCAUUCGACAGGAUUUUGAUAAAGCUUUGGAAAUCAAACUCGCCUCGUUCCAAGAGGGAGCAGAUGCACAGCACGCGACAAAGGUCUACAAAAGAUCGGUUCAAAACGAGCUUUCAAAGGAAAUAGCAACGAUGCGUGAAACGCUUAGUCAAGUCAAGGUUGCGACUCGGCAAGCCCAAGAAGAGCAAGCCAAGAGUAUAUCAGAUAAAGAAGCUUGUCUUCAAUCCCACAGAACAGCCAUGGCAGAAGUGGAGAGGAAAAUCUUGUGGUUAAAGGAAGAAGAAUUUGAAUUCGAACUCUCUGGAAAUCUUGAGGAGAAGCUCGAAGAAACAACCGAGGCAAUUCAAGUCUUACGAGAACAGUUGACCAAUGUCCGUGAGUCAGAUCUGGAAUCUAUAAGAGCUGUUAAUUCAGAGCUUGAGGAUGCUAAAAAUGCACUGGAAACAGUUUUACGAGAAGAAAGAUCACUCCGAAGCUUGGUUGAUUCACUGCAGCGAGAACUGGGUGAGGUGAGGAGGGACCUCCUUGAAAUGAAGCGGAACGAGGCGCAAUCAGAAUCUGCUGCCGAGAACCUGCGAGUUGAACUAGAAACGAGCAAGGUGGAGCUUCAAGAAGCUCUUGCAGCAGAAAGAAAACGAGGAAAUAAUUGCGACGAUAUGUGCUUAACUAUUCAACAGUUAUUGUCAGAAACUGAAAAUGCAAGACGGGAAGCAGAAGAGAAGAAGAAAAGUACUGAAGAACUGAAACAAGAAGCCGAAAUUGCUCGAAAUGCAGCUGAGGAAAUAGAGAAAGAGUUACAAGUUGCACUGAAAGAGGCUGAAGAAGCAAAAGCAAUGGCAAAACUGGCCAGUGAUCAGAUUCACACAUCUUCAUGUUCCGAUGAUGCUCAUGCUAGAAAAUCAGACUCCAAGGACAAGAUCAAACUGUCGGUUGAAGACUACAAAUCAUUGAGCAGGAAAGCCAAGGACUCUGAGAAUUUGGCAGAAGAAAAAGUGGAAGAGGCCAUGGCUGAGGUGGAAGCAAGUAAUGCAAGAGAAAAAGAGACGGUGAAGAGGUUGGAAGAAAGUUUGAAAGAGAUGGAGAACAUCAAGGCCGCAACUGAGGAGGCAUUGAAGAAAGCGGAGAUGGAUGACACAGCGAAACAAGUAGUGGAGGGCGAACUACAGAAGUGGCGCCAACAUACACAACAGAACGAAGUUGGAGAAACUUCCAAUAGUCGGGAAGAAUCAGAGGUGUAAUCAGAUUUGCUAUUCUAGCUAGGUUUUCAACAAAAACCUAUCAUGUAAGCCAGGUUUCAAACAUACAAUGAAGUCAAAACAAAUGCCCAACAAUGCAUAUCCAGAUCUUGUAGGACAUGAAAUAACUUAAAUCUGCAUAUUUGUGGGACAUUAUACAAAUAAUAUUUAUCCUUAAGUUAUGAAAAACACAUCCUCUGGGCUGCAGCAGCAUAUUCACAGCAAAAGAGAAAAGGUGCUCACACAUGACAUGGAUAAACUGUAAUUUAAGCAUAAAUUUGCAUUAGAAGCUUGCAUGGCUUAACUAUACCAUACAAUAAAAGCAUAAAUUUCUCUAUACAAAUGACAUAAGCCACUAAGGACAUGUUUGAUUGACAGGAUUAGAAUAUGAAAUUGAAAUUAUUAAACCGUGAACCCAAUAAUUAUGUGUUUAUUUUGAAAUUUUAUUUUAGAAUUAUUAAACCAAUAGAUAAUUAAUCUAACAAAUUUGUAAAAUUAUUAGUAACGGGAUAAGGGUGAAAUUAUAUAUCCUGAGUUGAGA